AUGGAUCCGCUUUCCAUUAUUGCGGGGGCGACUGGGAUUGCUGAUAUCUUCCUGCGUGUCGUCAUCUUCUUGAAAGACAUCCCAGACGCGGUUGCGUCUGUCCAACAGGAGAUCAAGGUCUUGAUUACAGAGGUGGAAACCCUGAGAGCCGUUCUAAAUUCGGUUCAAACAACCUUUGAUGGCUAUAUAGAAAACCCCGACAAGUUAUCCCUCCUGAAAGCCACCAAUCUCGAAGAUCUAUCGAGCAAGUUCCGCUCAAGCAUCGAGGCUUGCUAUGACCUCGCAACGAGACUCGAGAAACUGACCAAGGAGGUCUACGGGAAAUCUGGGUCGACGGUCACUGGAAAGCUCGAUGGGCUUAGGAAGGAAUUCCGUAGGCGGGACAAGAAUGCAGACCUCGCAAGGCUGCGUAUGGAGCUGUCCGCUGAAAAGCACAAUCUGACACUGCUGCUGGAUGGGAUUAACCUGCACAACCAGAACGCUUCCCAAGGAACGCUGAAUCACAUACACGAGGACGUACGUUCACUCAAGGCAGUCAUCGUUACACUUGAGAGCCGCCUAGCGCUACCCAAAAGUGAUGACCCGGACCAUGAGCAGAUGGAUGCCACAAGGCUGUCGAGGAUAAAGCGAUUACAACGGUCUAUCCGAGCGGUUGUCACGGCUGUCUCGACCCGCACUCCGAAUGAGUUUUUCGAUAUCCCUCAGCCGGUCAGCAGCUAUUACACAGGUCGAGCCCGGUACCUGGAAGAAUUGCAGAAUAUACUUGUGGCCUCUACGGCCGACGAGCAGGACCCACGGCAGCAACGCUUUGUUGUCUACGGCAUGGGGGGUGCAGGAAAGACACAAUUUUGUUGCAAAUUCGCAGAACAAAACCGAGAGAGCUAUUGGGGCAUCUUUUGGAUUGAUGCCACCUCGCAUGAACGGAUCAAGCAAACCUAUGCACAGAUUGGCAAAUUUGGAAAGGUGGAGGCAAACCACACAGCUGCAAUGCAUUGGCUCUCCAACCAAGAGGGUCGGUGGCUCUUGAUAAUGGACAACGCCGACGACCCAUCGAUUUCCCUCGACCAGUACUUCCCCCGAGGCGAUAGAGGUCAUGUCAUCAUAACCACCCGAAACCCAUCCCAUAAGGGGCACGGGAACAUCGGACCUGGGUUUUUCAGGUUCGAGGAUCUGAGCAGCGACGACGCCAACUCCCUUUUACUCCGGGCGACCACAAUGGCGGAGCCAUGGGACACGGAUUCCUUGUCCUGGGCGGAGACAAUCGCCCGGCAGCUGGGCUACCUUGCAUUGUCUCUGAUCCAGGCCGGUAGUGCCAUUCGAAAUGGCUUGUGCACGCUGAGGAAUUAUCUCGCCUUUCACGACGCAGAAUGGGAGCACCUUCGCCUUUUACGGCGACAAUCUGUCGGUGUGGACCAUGCGGAGAAGUAUUCGAGCGUACACGCUACGUACGAAGUCUGCUACAAGGGCAUUGAAGACAAGGGGACACAGGCCUCCAAGGAUGCCAUCCAAUUACUCAAGCUGUUUUCGUGUUUCUACUACAAGAAAAUCCGAUUCGACAUCCUGACGAAAGCAAUUGAGAAUUGCAAGAAGGAAAGGAUUCAGCAGGAAACGGCGGCAAAGGACGAACAGAAUCAGCCAGUAUCUUGGUACGAGACAUACAACAAUCUACGAUUGUUCCUGUUGGUUUAUCUCACACAGGGACGCGAUCCUCCGAUAUUGCCUGACUUCAUACGGCAGGGGCGAGAGUCCGAGACUCUUGACAUUCCACGGAUACGAUAUGCGCUAAGGGAGCUCACUCAAAUGUCUCUGAUCACGCAUGAUGAAUCAGACGACAGCUAUUCCAUGCACCCCCUCAUACACGAAUGGGCGAGUAAACGGCCUGCCAUGAGCUCAGCAGAACAGGCUGUUUGGUCGCAUGCCGCAGCGACUACUCUCGUCUAUGCGCUUCUCCUCCCUCCUCUCGGCAACACCGAAGACCAGGAGCUCUUUCGGAUCCGAGUUCUCCCACAUGUCGACCACGUGCGCAAAGUACAGGAAGCAGCGAGGCGCAACGCCCUGGAGAGCCGGAAGCCCGGACUCUUCGACUGGUUCUGGGUGAGAUUCACGUUCGACAGAGCGCAGGCAUUGCGCGAUGCCAAGUUCAGCAUGGUGUACCUCCAGAACUGGCGCCUGAAAGAUGCCGAGGAGCUUCAGACGGGGGUUAAAGAUUCUCUGGAAGCUUUCCUCGGACCAAACCACGCUUCCACCCGGCGGAUCACGCUUGCCUUGGCGAGCACGUAUCGGUCCCAGAGUCGCGGGGACGAGGCAGCGGAUCUCCAAGAAGCGGUUUUGAACGCGUGCAUAACCUCGUUGGGGCCGGACCACGUCGACACCCUGACAACGAUGGACGUCCUCGGUCAAUCCCGAUGGCUGCAGGGACGAUUCAGCGACGCGAAAGUACUCCAGCAAAAGGCCGUUGACGGACUGCUUAAAUCACGGGGUCGAAUGCACGAGGACACGCUCACCGCAAUGGGGUAUCUCGGCCGGACGCUGGGCAAGUUCUACGAGAACUACGACCAUGCAUUCCAGCUCCUCGAAGAUUCAUAUGCCGGGUUAAAAGAAACCCUCGGCCCUGUACAUUCCAAGACGCUGGAAGUGAAAGAAGAGAUCGCCAUGCUGAAUCUGCAAGUUGGCAGCAACCUGUCUCUUGCGUCACAGAUGAUGCAGGAAGUGCUCGAAGCCCGCAAGGAGAACAUGGGCAAGGAGCACCCGUUUACCCUCUUCGCAAUGGCAAGCAUGGCAAGAAUCAACAUCGGCCUGGGUCGGCACGACGAGGCCGAAGAUCUACUUCGCAGUGGAUUAGCCAUCGCGGACCGCAACCUCGGCGAAGACCACAUCGGGACACUCAUGGGCAGAACCUGGCUAGGCGCUGUGCUCGCCCAUCAAUCCAGGUUCGAAGAAUCAGAAGCGACACUCCUCCGGGUGAUAGAGAUGCUGCGAAACAUUUCAUCCUACCGCGGUGAAAACCAUCCCGAUCGGCUGAGCGCGAUGAUUCAGCUUUCUUUGUGCUAUAGGCUACAGGGACGAUACGAUGACGCUAUACAACUGUGCGAUCGGAUUAUCGACGGCCUUCAGACGAUCAGUGUGACGCAGCAUCCGCUGGAACGAAAGACCAUAGCGGAGAAAUACGAAUUGCUUGAGUUGAAAGCUGCGCGAGAGGGGAGAGGGGAGGAGUGA